AUGUUUAAUUUUCAAAGAAUAUCAUUUUUUCAACGUUCAAUAUUCCUUCAAAUAAGUGCUCAUCGUUUUCGAUCUCGUUGUUACCAUCAAUUGAUGAUAAACAUUAUUAUUGAAACAAAACCUGUUUCAUUAGAUAAUCUUUCACCUGUCAUUCGUCAAAUUCUCUUCAAAGAUCCAUUAUGUGCUGUUCGAUGUUAUGAGAUAUUAUCAACAAAUGGAGAUGAAGAUGAUGUAGCUCAUCCAUCUAUUGUUGCAUUUCCAUUAGCUGAAAAUCAAUUUCAGAUUGAUCUAGGAACAGAAGAUAAAUCAAUGCCAAUUCAUGAAAGUGCUCGUUAUUUUGAUUGUGGUGUAUCACUUCAAUGUGUUGAUAGAACUGAACUGUAA